CGAACGUGACAUUGACACUCGGUCCAACAUGCCUAUUUUCAGAACACAUCCUCGCUUGACACAUCGUUAGCAGUAUGGAUUUCAGGAGCCUUGAUCGCAUGGGGGACUCGGACGAGUCAAUAUUAGAUGAGCCGUACCGCCCGUUUUACAACGUCUUUGCACCGAAGCCGGUACUUGUGAAGCAAGGCAACGACUAUGAUCGGGCUGUGUUCAGAGAGAGGCCUCUUCUUGGAGUGCUGUUGUUCGACAACGAUGCUUCUGAGGCACGAGACAUUGCUGCUAACGAAAGAACAUUCUUAUCCUGGCUGAAGCUCAGCGUCUACAUGUCCAUUGUAGCAGUUGCCAUCGUUCUAAACUUCCAUCUAAAGUCGAAACCACUGGCGCUCGAGAGAAAGUGGUCACUUCCGCUAGGCAUUGUCUUUUGGCUGUUGUCGUUGGCAUGUUUGCUGUCUGGAGUAGCCAACUACAUUGCUACAGUCACAGGCUACAGCCAUCGUCAAGCACUCGUUCAGACAGGCUGGAAAACACAGACUGUGUUUACAGUGGUCGCAGCAGCGAUUGUAGCCACUUGCGUGUUGUUAUUGUCUACGAAUGCGCAAAAUCGGUAGAUACGCCCGACUUGUUCAUAGACUUCGGAAAGACUCCGAGCUUUUUGCUCAUCCUUCACACAAUGUCAUCGUUGUGGU